UUGUUAUUUAAAUGAAGCAGACUGAGACACAGGCUGCACUUUUGGGUGAACCUGGAGAGAGAGGGACACUGACACCGAUAUCAGAAAAUAAAAAAUGAGCAUUGAGUGGGCUGAAGAUGACGGUCUUCCUUCUGGGGUAGUUCGAGUGGACCGUGAAGGACCAGAAGAUGGUAAAACCUAUGUCAUGUACCAUGGCACAAAAAGGGCAAAUGUUUCAUCGAUCCAGAAGUCAGGUUUUACUCAGUCUUCAGGCGGGAUGCUCGGUCGGGGCGUUUACCUCAGCAGAGACCUGGAGAAAGCGAGUCGCUAUCCCAUCAAUCACCCUGAGCAUGACAGGGUUGUCAUUAAGGUUAGGGUCAACGUGGGAAAAGUGAAGGCCAUCAAUCGUCAGGACCACCCACUUCAGAAGACCUGGCAUGACCACGGAUACGACACCGCCUGGGUGCCGCCCAACUGUGGGAUGGUGCCAAGUGGCCUGGAGGAGAAUUGUGUCUGGGAUCCCAAGCGAAUCACAAUCAUUGAGACCAUCAAACCAAAACCUCAGGAGCUCACUCGAGUUGACCGUAAAGGGCCAGAAGAUGGUGUAACCUACGUCAUGUACCACGGCACCACCAGUGCAAACGCUCAAUUGAUCUUGGCUUCAGGUUUUUGCCAGUCUUUGGACGGGAUGCUCGGUCCGGGGGUCUACCUCAGCAGAGACCUGAAGAAAGCGAGUCGCUAUCCCAUCAAACACCCUGAGCAUGACAGGGUUGUCAUUAAGGUCAGGGUCAACGUGGGAAAAGUGAAGGCCAUCAAUCGUCAGGACCACCCACUUCAGAAGACCUGGCAUGACCACGGAUACGACACCGCCUGGGUGCCGCCCAACUGUGGGAUGGUGCCAAGUGGCCUGGAGGAGAAUUGUGUCUGGGAUCCCAAGCGAAUCUCAAUCAUUGGCACCAUCGAACCAAAACCUGUCCAUGGCGCUGGAGGCAGCACAUGUGGUUACAACAGAAAAAUGUACUUCCAGUGGGCUGAAGAUGACUUCCUGCCUCCAGGGGUAAUCCGAGUGGAUUGUGAAGGGCCAAGAGACAAUAAUACCUACGUCAUGUACCACGGCACCACCAGUGCGAAUGCUAAAAGGAUCCUGAUGACGGGCUUUGGCCAGUCUAAAGAUGGGAUGCUCGGUCCGGGGGUCUACCUCAGCAGAGACCUGGAGAAAGCAAGCCGUUAUCCCAUUGGUCACCCUGAGUAUGACAGAGUUGUCAUUAAAGUUAGGGUCAACGUGGGAAGGGUGAUCAUCAUCAACUAUCAGAACCACCCACUUCAGAAGACCUGGCAAUACAGUGGCUACGACACCGCCUGGGUGCCGCCCAACUGUGGGAUGGUGAAGAGCGGCCUGGAGGAGAAUUGCGUCUGGGACCCGAAUCGAAUCUCAAUCAUCAGCACCAUCAAACCAAAACCUGUCCAGGGCGCUGGAGGCAGCGCAUGGGGCUAUAGGUAAACUCAGGAGCAGGUUCUGAUCAUUUUGUACGUUCAAAUGUAUUUUUAUAUAUUUGGAUAAAAUAAAUGACGUGUUCUUCUGUAACCGUGUGACUGUAACCGAAGAAUAAACGUGUCAUUAAAGUGA